GACGCGAGGGCAGCCCUAGAAACCAUGGACCCGCCGCCCCUGCCGUUCAAGUCCUCCCCGCAGCCCCAGUCUCCGCCCUUGUCACAGGUGCCCGAGCACCUCCUCAUGGCUGUCAACAGCAUCACCAGCGCCGCCUCGAGUUUGGCCUCGUCUGGCGUCAACAGCAGCACCACCAGCACCCCCUCUACGCCCUCCGCCAAUCUCACCAGCAGCAGCGGCGGGGGAGGCCCCAACACCCCUCUCGCCCACGGCGGUACAGUCACGCCUCCCGCCCACACCCCUACAAGCUGUUCCUCGCAGCACCCACACCCACACCAACAACAGCAACAACAACAGCACCAGCAGCAGCAACAGCAACAGCAGCAGCAACAGCAGCAACAGCAACAGCAACAGCAACAGCAACAACAACAACAGCAGCAGCAGCAGCAGCAGCAACAGCAGCAGCAACAGCAACAACAACAACAGCAACAGCAGCAACAACAACAGCAACAACAGCAGCAACAACAGCAACAGCAGCAUCUAGGAUGUCAUAACAGCGGCGGAAAUAACACCUGUGGAAUGAACAACACAUGCCAGGCCCCACACACUCCCACCUCCGUGGCCUCCAAUACAGGGUUCAGCGACCACAGCGGGCCCGUGCCGUCGCCCUUCUCUACUGCCAACGGUUUGUUCCCCCGAAAGAGUCCGCCAAUCAGCACCCAGAACCCCAACCACAUGACGAGCCACGUGACGUCGCUCCCCUCGUCCAUCGGUCGCCUCACCCUCGGUCUGGCGAGCCACUACGCCCCCUCGCCCAUACCUGAGCAGGACGAGAUCCAGUCCCCCGUCAGCUCCGGUGGGGUGUCUCCGCCCCCCUCGCCCCCGACGGCCAUCUCGCCCUCCCCCACCAUGGCUCCCGGCCACGGCGCCUCCAGUCCGGGCUCCGGGCUGGCCAGCCUCCACCACGCCAUCCACGGCCUCCACAACCUCCACAAUCUACACAACCUGCAGAACUUCCACAACCUGCAGCAGAACCUGCAGACGCAGAUGGCCGCGCUAGCCGGGCUGCAGGGCGGCCUGGGCGUCCCCUCCGUGGGCUCCCUGCUGCACCCACACCUGGCGCAGCAACACCCAGCUGCAGCGGCAGCGGCAGCGGCGGCAACAGCGGCGGCGGCGGCGACAGCGGCCGCAGCGCCCCCUCCCCCUGGCGGCAUCAACAACAACGCGGCGGCCAACAACGCCCCUAACGUGCCCCAGAUGGUGCUCACCUCCGGGCACAUGACCCAGGGCGUGCAGGGCGCCCAGCUGCUCGUGCCCACCUCGCAGGGCAUCGCAGUGCAGCCCAUCCUGACCAUCCCCCUCGGGCAGGCCGGAGGCGUGGGCGCGGUGGGCGGUGUGGGCGCCUCCUCGCUGGUCAACCCUCUGGUGCCCCUCCACCACCUGCAGCAGCCUGGCCCGCACCCGCAGCAGCCAGGUUCCACCAACACCUCUCCGCUGCCCACCACCUCCGCUCCCAACUCCUCCUCGUCCUCGUCCUCGUCCUCUACCGGGGCCGCCCCUCAUCCCCUCCUGGGUCUCGCCGGCCUUCCGCCCUCCCUGUUCCACGCUCACCAAAUCCACAACAACAACAACAACAACAGUAGUAAUAAUAAUAACAACAACAACACUUUGGCCAACGACUCCAAACCCAAGUUGCCACUGCCACUUUCCUCGCCCGUCACUGCGGAUCCUGUCGGAGGUUUGGGCGGCAGAUUGGGCGGCCACUAUCCCGCCCCGCCCCCGCCGCCCUCCGCCCGUUACUCUCCAGACUUCCUCGACAACCACAUCCUGCUGCCCCACGCUGGCUGUGGCGUUAACAGGCCCCCUCGCUCACCCACAGACCAGCCCACCAUCAGCCAGUCGACGGGCAACCUGGUGGACGGUGUCAAUCUGGACGAGAUCAAGGAGUUCGCCAAGGCCUUUAAGAUCCGCAGACUGUCUAUGGGCCUGACCCAGACUCAGGUGGGGCAGGCUCUGAGCAUCACCGAGGGGCCCGCCUACUCCCAGUCCGCCAUCUGCAGGUUUGAAAAACUAGACAUCACUCCAAAAAGUGCUCAAAAGAUCAAGCCAGUUCUAGAGCGAUGGAUGCAGGAAGCGGAGGACAGGUACAAGAAUGGCCAGCACACCUUGACGGAGUUCAUGGGGAACGAGCCCACCAAGAAGAGGAAGCGACGCACCAGCUUCACCCCGCAGGCCCUCGAGGUGCUCAACUCCCACUUCGAGAGGAACACGCACCCAUCAGGCGCCGAAAUCACGGCUUUGGCAGAGCAGCUGGGCUACGAGCGGGAGGUGGUCAGGAUCUGGUUCUGCAACAAGCGUCAGGCGCUCAAAAACACCGUCCGCAUGAUGGCUAAGACCAGCCCCACCGCUCCUCCGCCGCCUCCCCCCACCCAUCCGAGCCUCAACCAGAGCCUCAACUAGGCGCCCCCGUCAGCGUUGAUCCCCAUCACCGGCAUCUAUGAGUGUUGAUGCCUCUCCAUUGCAAUACCAGAGUCAGUAAAUCUCCCGCCAAGGUCACCCCCGGCGCCACAUGAAUUACAGGCUGCUCAACACGUUUGGCAACAGUGUGGGAAGCUGUGACGGCCAAGGAGCGCCGGGAAGGUGUCCAGGACUGUACUGUACAUAGCGAGGAGACAGGUCCGCUCUGCCCACUGUGGCGAGCGACCUUCCCAGAUGAUCACAAUGAAGGAGAAAAGUAAAUGAUUCAGAAAAGAGCACUGCAGACUGACCUGAGUCCAGAACUGCUCAUUUGCCCGCUGAUCGAACACUGCGCUAACCAACCAUUGAAGCUGGUUGAUAUAAUGAUGAUGAGAAUAACAACCCAGAGGACAGAAGAAAGAAAACAUGUCAGGCCGAAAAUGUACGCAGAUUGUGUUCUUCUUGGAGAUAUCAUAAUCCGUAGCAAUAUUCGUAAUUGGUUAACUGCAAGAAUAGAAAAGAAUGAAAGAUGAAACCCCGAGUUCCUGUGGAUAAAACGUCAAGUCUCGCACACUGCGUUGGCGUGCAGAGGUGUGCCUCCUCGCGUGGCCCGGCUCACUCCGCCUCCCGCCACCAACAGCCAAUUCUAAGUUCCUGGAAAAUAGAAUAGAUGACCAUUCAGUAACUUUAUCCAUUUACAAAUACAUAUGUAAAUAAUGCAUGUAUGUAUAAUGUAUAUGUUUGUAUACAUAUAUACAUAUAUGAAUGCAUAUAUACAUGAACAAAUGCAUAUUCUGAUAAAUACGUAUGCAUCCUUAAUGAGGUUCCUGGAAAAAGUGCCGAGCAGAGGUGUCAGCUCUGUUCCAGUGUCGCUACACCUCCCCUCCCCGAGGCAGCCACUAGCCAGUGUUCCUAUGGAGGCCGAGCAGAGGUGCUUCACCACCGGCAGCACACAGUCUGCGCCUCAGUGGCCCAGUGGUGUAGUGCAACACACACGCACACGCCGGUGUGUUGGUGUCGCGUCCAGCGGGUGUAGCGAGGGGGUGCUGGCGACCCCCGGCCCAUGGUGUGGGCACAGCACCACCGCCGCCCGAGGCACUGCAGCACUCUGUCUCAAGGUGCGAUAAACUUAAGGUGAAUAUAAUACAAACUUGGUUAUGCUGCGAAGCGUAACUGAUGUAGUGUUGCACCGUUGUGUGUGGAAAUAUUGACACAAUGUGUUACUUGUAAGAAACUUUGUUCGUCUUAAAAAGAAUUAAUCCUUGUCGUUAAUAUUCAUUAAGCUUUUGAAAUACUCGCUGUAUCCAUGAACUAGUGAACAGCAGCCGUGCGGAGUGAAGGAGUCUGCCCGAGCAGCCCUGCCCAGUCAUAUCAAUAUAGUGUUUCUGCCACUCCUGGCUGUCUGUGCUGUUUAUUUGUGUGUCAUGUACCGUAGAGGGAAGCCAGCCGCUGCUCCUGCUUCUGCUGCCCACUGUUGCCAGAACAGUGUUCAGCCUCUCGUGUGCCAUCUUAGGUCUAGUAGAGAAUAGAUCUGUCACGCCGGCAGUGGCUAGUGAUGCGAGUGCUACGGAACACAGUGGAGCGACGGCCGCGCCAAGGCCCCGCAGCAAGGAGCAGCCUGAUGUGUUUUGUGUCUGAAAAAAAAAAAAGCACAAUGCUGUCCACCAAAGCUGAAAAGCAGUUGCUGGGUGUAAAUAUGGACAAGGAAACGAGUACAGUAAGGGCCACACAGCCUACCCAGGCUGGCAAAUCCUGCGCCCCACCCCAGUGUCAGACACAGGGCUGUUCUGGAAGAUACAAGCUCCCUAGAUUCCAUAGUUACCCCAAUCCUUCACUUAGCCAGUUGUUACGCGGGGCGAGCAGGAGGACGGACCGGUACACAGUUGUUUGUCACAGUUAACGCAUGUUGAUAUUCGUUACAUAAAUUUAGACCAAACAAAUGUUGAACUUGUCAUAUAAGUUCUUUCAGCCCGUCUAGUAUUUUGCCCCUGUGCAUUGUAACUUUGAUUAUAAGUGAACUUUGUUUUCAUCACGGAAUUUUAUUUACACUAGUAUUACUUUUCAGAAAACAAUUUAUAUUUAUUCCAUUUACGUUUUUCAUAUUGUUUAGAUAUUUAUACAUUAUAUAGUUCAUUACACCACAAUAAUGUAUGUACACAACCCCAACUCCAUAAAUAAUCAACAUUGUUUGCUACUUGAGCCUGUAGAUAGAAUAUAAUGUACAUUGAUUUGAUUAAUCAAGUUAAACAUAAGCUAGUCAUUAUUGUGUUUUUGCUUUUCAAGUUACGUCAAUUUGUUGACACUUGUCACACGAAAGGUACCUACAGGAACUGCAGAAUAUAUGCUUUACUAAAGAAAUAUGCAGCUUUAUCCAAGAGCUUUAAGAGCCGAUGGAGCUGCUGUAAUUUAAGAUGGUUUGCAAUCACGAGUCGUAGCAUCUGAAGAGAGCUUCAGAAUGGUGGUGAGGAACCUUAUGUUUACCUGCAAGUUGGUUCACAACCCUCAUACAAAACAAGAUUAUCAUUUCGAUUUCCUGUCCCUGAGCCGUGAGGUUCAACUAUUGCUUCGAACUGCCCCUCGCCCCGCGCCCCGCGCCCAGUGUCCACCACAAGGAGCUGCCGCCCUAGCGUAUAGCCUGACCUGUUCAACAAUGCUCACAUAGUCCCCAGUAUCAGAAAUAGGCUUCAGGAUACCUAUUCAAACUUCGAUUUUAUGUUUGUAUUCUGUGAUAUUUAUUUUGUGCCAAUCGUUGAAGUGGUGAGGUGAUGUGUGCCGCUUUGGACCGUUUUAACAUAUUCCAGCCUGGUAGCUGCUUGUGUGUUUACUGUAACUUUAGACAAGGGGGAGGUCUUUGUGGUCUCCUUAUGCAUCUAAUACUGUACAGUUGAUGUAUGUAUGUAUUUCCUUUAAUGUCCAAGACAUAAAGCUGCAUUUGCUAAUCAAAAUGAAGCUAGUUUUCCCCUACAUAUGCUGGCCACCCCGUGUGGCAAGUCAAGUCAAGCCAUCAGAUUCACCUGGGUCAUGAUCCCCGGGCCGGCCACUUGUGAUGUGAAGACUAGCGUUGCGCUGAAAGUAAAAUACAGAUCAUCACAUAAGUUACAGACCUACAAGACAGUGCUGGUCGCGCCCUGCCCGCCCGCCCGCCCGCCUGCCUGCCUGCCCUGUGCCCUCCGCGGGGAGUCUGGCCGUGUUUAUCGGCGGUGGGUCUGCGGCCCCCGCGACCCAGAGGAUCGCUGCUGCUGCUGUUGCUGCUCUCAAGGGCAAACUAAUAUAUAGCUCUCCUGAAUUCUUCCAAAGAUAAUGUUCCUAAAUAAUAGAUUUGGAAGGAUUUGUUUAGCAUUUUAAUGAAUUAGCUUGCUAAUAUAAGAGUUUAACAUGGACCUUCUUUCCUUUUCGACUUAGCAGAAGUGUGCUGUGAUUGAUGUACAUUGCCUUAGAACUUAUCCUAAUAUUUACCACACACCUAGCCGAUCCUGCCAACCAACCUAUUGAUUACUAACUGUAAGACUAAAUAAUUGCUUCGUUGACCUCAGCACAGCAGCACAGACCCCGCGGGCCGUGAGGUGUCCCCUGGCCACAGCCGAACGUUGGAUGUAUUCGGAGAGAGUCAAGUACCGGUUUGAAAUUACGUGACAAGAAGUACAUGGAUAUAAUGCACAAAAAAGUAACGAUGAAUGUAUUGGCUGUGUGAACACGUGUACAUUAAGAUUCCAGUACUACCUAAUGACGAGACACAAACAUUGGUUCAUUGGCGUGUGCGUCAAGCCGACGAUUGGAUCGCUGACCUUGACGUGGGCGAGGAGAGGUGGUCGUGCGUGUGCGCGGGCUCAGGCCAGCACCUCGUGGACAAUAUAAUUUCAUUUAUUUUCAUCUUAUUGACAUAAAGAAUCACUGAAUUAACCUGUUAAGGAAGAAGUGGCUUCGCUUCAUUUAUAUGGAGGUUGAAAACUUCCACAGAUUGUACAAAUAUUUCUAAGGUUAACAGAAUAUCUUCACACUCCAGUUCCGCUGAGGUUGCACCAGUGAACUCUGGCUCCUGAGCUAAAACACUUCCCUCUCCGGCGUGUCCGAGCCGCGGUGCACGCUAAAGCAUCCCCCUGAUCGCCGUGCCCGCGUGGCGACCCUCACGCUGAACUGGACCAGAAAAAUACUCACGGUUUCCACAUCACUGAGACUUGGUUCGUGUUCGUCCUCACCACCUACCUGACUCAUCCUCGCUGAUGGGGGGGCGGCCAGGCUCUGCCACCUCUUACUGAUGACUAAGUUGUUUUUCUGUUCUUUUCUUUCUUUUCAUCCAUUUAUCAUCCUCGAGUGCUCGCAUUUCGUUCAAAAGGAAUAUUUAGGAUUUAUGUUUGAAGCAUUUGCCUGGUCCACUGCCAGCCCUCUCAUUCAUUCUCUUUAAGACAAUAAUAUGAUUAUUAUUAUUAUUAUUAUUAUUAUUAUUAUUAUUAUUAUUAUUAUUAUUAUUAUUUCGUAUCGUGCAACCCGGACAAUAACUCUUUUUUAUUUUUAUUGUCUGUCUGAGUGUUCUAUGUAGAGAGAACAGUCGCAUCUGUGAGUAUAUGACCAGUUCCUAACAUCACAAAGUUAAGUGCCCAUCAGAUCUGCUUUGGACAUCCCAGAAUCUGACCCGGUCGUUCCUUAAACAAGUGUUCUUUUUAAGUCUAUGUGGGUGCUUCACCUAACAAAUGCAGUGUUGGACAAUUAUGUUGCUGCGAGUGUGAUACGUUCCACAAAGAUGUAAAGGAUAGCCUAUCCGAAUAGGAUCUCACAUGGGCACUAUAAAACAACUUCUUAUGAAAAUGUGUGUCUGUACUCUUCCAGUUUCAGAUUUGCGUAAUAAAACAUCGACUCCUUUC